UCUUUGUGAGAGGGGCAGAAGAACACUGCAUUUUAUCUCGCAGAGCGCAGCAGCUGUUGGGCUGGGACCUGUCUUGAGCAGAGACAGUGAGGCUCGUGAGAGCUUGAAGGAGCAGCCACAAUAUCUAGGUCAUUUGGAUAAAAAGGCAUCAUCAAAGGGCAUUUUUUUUUUUUGCUUUUUUAUUUUUUCAUUAUUUUUGCUACCUCUGCAUCCACAGUCACUCUGUUUCUUAUUGCACUGGAUCAAGGACAGCCAACCGAGAUUGUUUCUUUAACUUUGUAGGUCACGCAGAUCUGAUGCAGUGAUUUGUAAGACAUCAGCAGUCACGGUUGAUGCAGAGCAGUGGUCCUUGAAGAAACAGUGAGUAAGGUUCUACAUGGGGAAUCUCCUAAAGGUGCUGGCUUGCGCCGAACUUGAGCAUGGCCAAAUAUUUUUCCUUGACUUUGAACAUGCCCAGCCAACGGAGGCAGAGACUGCUGUGUGGAACCAGGUGAAUGCUGUACUAGAGGAAGCCCAUGGGAUUUUGGCAGAACUACAGUCUUAUAAUGGAGCAGGGCAGGAGAUACGAGAGGCCAUUCAGAACCCCUGUGACCUACAGCUACAGGAGAAAGCUUGGAAUGCAGUGUGCCCCCUAGUGGCCAAGCUGAAACGCUUCUAUGAGUUUUCACUGAGAUUGGAAAAUGCAUUACGCAGCCUCUUGGAAGCACUGACAAGCCCCCCUUACGCACCAAUGCAGCACCUGGAACGUGAACAAGCACUGGCUAAGCAGUUUGCCGAGAUUUUACACUUCACACUCAGCUUUGAUGAACUCAAGAUGACCAACCCGGCCAUACAGAAUGACUUUAGCUAUUACAGAAGGACAAUCAGCAGAAAUCGACUAAAUAAUCUCCAGCUUGAUGCUGAAAAUGAGGUUAACAAUGAAAUGGCGAACCGGAUGUCACUGUUCUACGCAGAGGCCACACCUAUGCUGAAGACCCUUAGUAAUGCUACAACUAAAUUUGUGUCUGAGAACAAGACUCUUCCAAUUGAGGACACCACAGACUGUCUGAGCACUAUGGCUUGUGUUUGCAGGGUCAUGCUAGAGACACCAGAGUACAGAUGUCGUUUCAGCAAUACUGACACCAUGCUGUUCUGUAUGCGAGUGAUGGUGGGAGUCAUUAUCCUGUAUGACCACGUCCAUCCUGUGGGCGCCUUCGCUAAGACUUCCAAGAUUGAUAUGAAAGGCUGUAUCAAAGUCUUGAAAGAGCAGCCUUCAAACAGCGUGGAAGGGCUGCUCAAUGCUCUGAGGUACACCACAAGACACCUGAAUGAUGACAGCACUUCCAAGCAGAUCAGGGCCAUGCUGCAGUAAGACAGAGAGGCCAAGCUGAAAAGGCAAAAGGGGAAGGAGUAGAGCAAAGCAACACGGCACAGCACAGCAGCGUGAUCUCUGCAAAGAAACCUCAGAGACGUGUAUGUUUACAUAACUUAAUGCAAAAUAAUUGUAAUGUUAAUAACAUGCAGAAACGACAAAUACUGUAUUGUUAAUUGAUCGUCUCCAUGUCUCUCAUUUUGUAAACAAAGGAAAUGCAAACAUAAGAGAGUAAGAAGAAACAAGAAAUUAAAGGAAAUAUAUAAAAGAUUAAACUUUUUAAAAGUCCAUAUAUUUGGUUUAGCAUCAGUUUAUUGUAUUAUUGAAGAGUAUUUUUUGCACCCACAAUAAAAAAGUUAGAUUAAAUGUACAGUAUAUAUGUAAUUAACGUGCAACUGAUCCCAGAUAUUUGAAGCCAUCAUGUGUAGUUCACAGAGCCACUGUGAUAAGGCUGUGAAAGGUAGAAUGGGGCUGUACUGUAGAACAGUAAUCUCAGCGUAGACCAGGAGACCACGCUGUCAUUUUCAUUUAACUCAGGCUCACUGGGCUUUGUCCAUUAGGAUGGCUUUUUUAUUUCCUGUUUUACGUGGCAAUACAAGAUCAGACAUAAUCCUGUGCAAAGCAGAGAGAGAGGCCAUACGUAGUAGUAUAAAGUGCUUUACAAGGUUGUUUCCAGCUUCCUUCCACAGGCUAUGAAAUGGUGACUCUUGUUAAAAAAUAUAACAACAGAAAAUUGAAAAAACAAGAUUCUUGGAAGGCAAAAUUCAACCGGUGUUUGGUCCUGGUCCUGAGCAUCAUGCUGGCCUUGAAGCGCAGAUAGACAACAGUUCAUUGUGCAGUUAAACUACUUCUGUACUGCUGUGUGCCACCUGCAGUGCCCCCUGCUGCCCAGAUGGAAUGGUGAUUUGCAGUUACUGGAAUUGCAUUUGUCUUUGCACAGUUUUUCAUAAGCUUUUCCGGAUUCUGGGCAGUUGUACAGGCAAAGUGCUGAAGGCACUGCAGCUACAAACAGUUUAUUGGGGGAAUGGGGUCACUGGCUUCUGCUUCUCCUAGUGCACAAAAAGAGCAGGAACUAGGACACUAGCCAAAAUGGGACAUUAAGGAAAUAAUGCAAUACUGUACUUACGAAGUUCAUAGCCCUGGGCAAUUAAAUCAACUUGACCGUAUCAUCUGUUUUAUAUACGUAUAUGUGCCUAUGCAUAUACUGUAUUUAUAUAUAUAUAUAUAUAUAUAUAUAUAUAUAUAUAUAUAUAUAUAGCACACUGUAGAAGUCUUGUCCAUGACAGAGCUGUAAAUAAUGUGUUUUUAUUCAUUUCUGUUGUUCAGUAAUUCUGGAUUGAAGAUGUGUUGUCUUUCUAAUUCAUGCAUUGCCUUGGACCCUCAAAGAUGGUCUAGUUUUAGGAUUUAAAUUUUUAACUUCAUAUGAAAAGAGCAGAAGAAAAAUAAAAUAUGUCCAUUUGCUUGUUAUUUUGUACAUUUUGUGCAAAAAUAAACUUGUCAUUUAAAGCA